GAAAACCUGGGCCACAGAUUGGCAACAGAAUCCUCGAAACCGAGAAGCUCCCCUUCGCUGCCCACGGCCCAAGUCACUUCGAAUCCAUCACCACCAUUCACCGCUGUUCUACAUCAAAGGAGCAAGAUGGCGAGCCCAACGGUGGCCACCCCGAUCCAGCUCCAGACCGGCCGCCUCAGCCUCAGCUACAGUCCCACGAGAGGGCGGUUCGCGGCGGCGAGGGUUAGGGCGUCGGCGGAGGCGAUGGCCACCGAGAAGCUAGGCGUCAGGGUGGAGACCAACCCGCCCGAGUCCCGCCUCUCCGAGCUCGGCGUCCGCCAGUGGCCCAAGUGGGGGUGCGAGCAGAGCAAGUUCCCGUGGACGUACUCGGCCAAGGAGACGUGCUACCUGCUGCAGGGGAAGGUGAAGGUGUACCCGGACGGCGAGGAUGGGUUCGUAGAGAUCGCGGCGGGGGACCUGGUGGUGUUCCCCAAGGGCAUGAGCUGCACCUGGGACGUCGAGGAGGCGGUCGACAAGCACUACAAGUUCGAGUAGCGCCCUACCCCCACACCCGGCGCUGCACACUCCUAGAUUGGGAUAUUCUGGCAGAUUGCAGUGCUUGGAUGAAUGGUUCGUAUCUUGUAGCUGAACCUGCUCCGUUGUUAUUAAGCUCGACUGAGUCUUUUGCAGUGGAAUAAAACGCCAGAUUUAGUGGAUUGUUGCCGUGA